AUGCCCAAAAGAAAGGCUGCAAGCGAUGCGAGUCAGGAGCCAAAGAGAAGAUCAGCCCGACUGUCUGCUGUGCCUGUGCCCUUUACACCAGAGUUGAAACCUAAAAGAACAUCAACUCAAUGGAAAAUGAAGAACACAAAUGUUGUAGCGGAAAAAAACAAGGAUAUAGGUGCUGUAACAGUUCCUGAAAGCAAGCCCGAAGGUGUUCAGGAGGAGUGCAACAUGGACAAGGCUGAAAAUGGAGAAGCCAAAGUUGUGGAGGCACCCAUUCAAAAGAUGGAAGCAGAGGAAGUCAAAGAGAUGAAUGAAGAUGCUGAAGAAGAUGGAGGAGAAAAGGAAGAAGCAGUGGCAGCAGAAGGAAAAGAUGAUGAGCUGGAGGAAAACAUCCAAAAUACAGAGAAAGAGGAAGAUGGAGAAGAGGACAAAGGUACAGAUGAGGAGGUGAAAGAUGAAAACGGAGUCCUGGAAGAGAAGCCAGGGGCAGCAGGACGUGAGGACGCCAGAGAGGACAGAGAUGAUGGAGACGACAGCAGAGAGCAGCAAGGGGAUGGGAAGGCGGGAGAAGAGGGGGAUGGCAAAGAGGAAGAAGUUGAAGAACAGAGAGAGGAAAAAGAAGAGGAAGGUGGAAAAUGCAAAGAGGAAAAUAAGGAAGAUGAACAGGAAGGCCAGAGAGGGGAAGACGGAAAGGAGAAAGUUGAUGGGAAAGAGAGAAAGGAGGAAGGCAAAGAAAAAGAGGCUGCAGGGGAAGGAAAUGAUGAAGACAAGGUGGAGGCCGAACAAGAAGCUGAAGACAAAGAUUUGAAACAAGAUGGAGAAAAAGAGGCGUCUCUGAGUAUUGUCUAA